CGUCACGGUCAUCUGUUCAGUAAGCAUCACCGCAGCGGUCCGUGAGAGAAGGCUUCGAACAGGGUCUUCUUUUCCAUUUGUGGGAGACUCCCAGAGUCUUUGUUUCUGUGGUUGUUGAGACUGUGUGCAGAGGGUCACCAUGGGAGAGCUUUUCCGUAGUGAGGAGAUGACCCUAGCGCAGCUUUUCCUGCAGUCUGAGGCUGCAUACUGCUGCGUCAGUGAACUUGGGGAGCUGGGAAUGGUGCAGUUCAGAGAUCUCAACCCUGAUGUGAACGUGUUCCAGAGGAAGUUUGUCAAUGAAGUGAGGCGCUGUGAGGAGAUGGACAGAAAGCUACGGUUUGUGGAGAAGGAGAUUAAAAAGGCCAGCAUCCCCACAGUGGACACUGGUGAGAAUCCUGAGGUUCCAUUUCCACGAGACAUGAUUGACCUCGAGGCAACCUUUGAGAAGCUGGAGAAUGAGCUGAAGGAGAUCAAUACCAACCAGGAGGCCCUGAAAAAGAAUUUUCUGGAACUGACUGAGCUCAAGCACAUCCUCAGACGCACACAGCAGUUCUUUGAUGAGAUGGAGGACCCCAACCUGCUAGAAGAAUCCUCCUCUCUGCUGGACCCCAGUGAGGCUGGGAGAGGGGCCCCACUGCGGCUUGGGUUUGUUGCUGGUGUGAUAAACCGUGAGCGGAUCCCCACUUUUGAGCGUAUGCUGUGGAGAGUUUGCCGUGGUAACGUGUUUUUACGGCAGGCUGAGAUUGAGGACCCUCUUGAGGACCCCACAACAGGUGAUCAAGUACAUAAGUCAGUGUUCAUCAUCUUCUUCCAAGGAGAUCAGCUGAAGAACCGAGUGAAGAAGAUCUGUGAAGGGUUCCGUGCGUCUCUUUACCCGUGUCCUGAGACACCACAGGAAAGAAAAGAGAUGGCAGCUGGUGUCAACACCCGCAUUGAUGAUCUACAGAUGGUGCUGAACCAAACAGAGGACCACCGACAGAGGGUCCUUCAGGCUGCUGCUAAAACCAUGCGUGUGUGGUUCAUCAAAGUAAGGAAGAUGAAAGCCAUCUACCACACACUGAACCUCUGCAAUAUUGAUGUCACUCAGAAGUGUUUGAUUGCGGAAGUGUGGUGCCCCAUCUCCGAUCUGGACUCCAUCCAGUUUGCCCUGCGAAGAGGCACGGAGAGGAGUGGAUCCACUGUUCCUUCGAUAUUGAACAGAAUGCAGACCAAACAGACUCCGCCCACCUACAACAAAACAAACAAAUUUACCUCGGGCUUCCAGAAUAUUGUGGAUGCUUAUGGAAUUGGAACCUACAGGGAGAUUAACCCAGCACCCUACACCAUUAUCACCUUUCCCUUCCUGUUUGCUGUGAUGUUCGGGGACAUGGGUCACGGCUUGUUAAUGACCUGCGCCGCCCUUUACCUUGUCAUCAGAGAGAGCCGCCUGCUCGCACAAAAGAGCGACAACGAGAUGUUUAACAUGAUUUUUGCAGGCCGAUAUAUAAUCCUACUUAUGGGAAUAUUUUCCAUGUACACUGGAGUCAUCUACAAUGACUGCUUCUCCAAAUCACUCAAUAUGUUUGGUUCUGGGUGGAGCGUGAAGCCCAUGUUUGGCCCCAAAGGAGGCAACUGGUCAUUUGAGACUCUAGAUGGAAAUGCAAUUCUGCAACUUGAUCCUGCAGUACCUGGAGUGUUUGGUGGACCAUAUCCUCUGGGCAUUGACCCAAUUUGGAACAUAGCGACAAACAAGCUGACCUUCCUAAACUCAUUUAAGAUGAAGAUGUCAGUCAUUCUGGGUGUGAUUCACAUGCUGUUUGGAGUCACUCUUUCACUCUUCAAUCAUCUGUAUUUUAAGAAGCCUCUGAACAUCUUCCUGGGAUUCAUUCCUGAGAUUGUGUUUAUGAGCUGCCUGUUUGGAUAUCUUAUCCUGCUGAUUUUCUAUAAGUGGACGGCCUAUGAUGCAGCCACCUCUAAAGAUGCUCCCAGCCUCCUCAUUGCCUUCAUCAACAUGUGUCUCUUUAACUACAGUGAUCCGAGUAACAAACCACUAUACAGAGGACAGAUUGGGAUUCAGUCUCUGUUAGUGGUGAUUGCUUUGGCCUGUGUGCCCUGUAUGCUGGUAGUGAAGACCAUGGUUCUCCGUCGCCAGUACCUCUGGAAGAAGCAUCUAUCCCAGAUGAGGGAGGCAAGCCCUGCUGAGAAACUAGAAACUUUAGAGCAGGCAGGCACCAGCUCACCCACCGGACUCACCCAACAGGGCACGCAGAAGUUUGGGGGCGUCCGGGUUGGAAAUGGUCCCACCGAGGAUGAGGCAGAGAUCAUCGAGCAUGACCAGUUAUCCCAGCAUUCUGAGGAUGGAGAUGAGCACUCAGAGGAAGAGCCGUUUAACUUUGGAGAUGUAGCAGUCCACCAGGCCAUCCACACAAUAGAGUAUUGCCUUGGCUGCAUCUCCAACACUGCCUCCUACUUACGUCUCUGGGCUCUCAGUCUGGCUCAUGCACAGCUGUCUGAGGUUUUGUGGGGAAUGGUGAUGCACCUGGGCCUGGCAUCCAGGAGUGGUGGUGGAUUCUUCAGCCUAUCUAUUAUUUUCCCAGCCUUUGCCACGCUGACAGUGUGUAUUUUGCUCGUCAUGGAGGGGCUGUCUGCAUUCCUGCAUGCUCUGCGGCUGCACUGGGUGGAGUUCCAGAACAAGUUCUACACAGGCCAGGGCUUCAAGUUUGUGCCAUUUUCCUUUGACAGUAUCCUGGAGGGCCGCUUCGACGAGUAAAACUGCCCUCUGCUUCUCCCAGCGCACAGCAGGACUUCCCAGUAUUCUCCUCUUUGCAUGGAACUCACGUAUAUCCUCUCUUCUUGUGUAAAAGUAAAGUUGCUGUUAUGAAGUGUCCAAAAGCUGUAACAUUUGACCUUCAAAAUGCCCUUCUGGAAGCCAUUUUGUUAGAUGAUGUACCUGAGUGCUGUCUCUCCUCCUCUGCAGAACAAAUACAGGACCCCUAAAACCUCAGAGAUUAGAUUUUACCUGAGUGCUUUAUAAAUUGUAACAUUGUACUUUGUGCUACACAUCACUGUUAUCAUGUGACUUAUGUAAGAUGAUAUGUUUAUGCUUAACUAUGAUCACAAAGCCAGUCAAUAAUUCAUGAUUGUCAGAAACAGUAACCAGUUUAGGGUCCAAACACAGUGUUGAAAUAUGAAACAUUAAGGGUUAAACUUUAUCGGGGGCCAUAAAAGCCUCCAUAAACGUAAUUCCUAAACAGUUUGUCAUUACGGAAACCUCACUAGACUGGUAAAGGAAUUCCCACAAUAACAAAGCAUAGGGGAUCCCCAUCCUCAUGUGGAAAAUGCUCAUCACAUCUUUUAAUGGCCCUCUCUGAUCGCUCUCUCUCAUCUGCACUCGUUUUGUCAUUGGAACAACUGUUUGAGCAAAGGAAGCAGGAGCAGAUGUUUCCUCUAAAUGCUGUGAGUUGAUCAAGUUCAGGAUUCUUUAAAUUUGACUUGACAUUUGCCAAACUAUAUUUUCCUAAUCUGUUCUUGCUCUUCAUGGUGUCAUGUUACAGGUAACCAUCACUGUUUCAAAAGGUUGAUGGCAGCUAUAAUAAACAACAGUGACAUAUCUCUAGAUUUUUGAGAGACAACAGGAGAAACAUUUCACAUGUACUCAUGUAUUAGUUUGUAAAGUGUGUGAGAGUGCACUCUUCAGUCAUUGCAUAUAUCUGUACAAGGUUGUUCAUGUUGUAUGGCUUCUGGUUAUAGUAGCAGAAAUACUAUACAGUUCCUUUGCAGUGGCUCUGGUCCAAAACAACUAAUAAGAGAUGUUGUGCCCUAUGCUGUUGAUGGAAAUGUUGUUCUGUAUCUAGAUGUGAUGUUGAUGUAUGAGUGUAUGCAUGUACCACAAGUGAUAACACUUCAGAUGUGUGUUUGUUGAUGUUUGUGAUAAGGUGGAGCACAUCUCUGUCACUAUUAAAGAGAACCUGCUGGGAGAAAGCCU